GCAGCUGAAGCAACGGUUUGCGCAAGAGCUUGUAGAUGGCACGGACGGCGAGGAGGAGAGAGAAGUCAGGCUAUCGACACUCCUCGCGAUGGUAGAAGAACGCGGUGGCAAGUUGAGCGGCGUCAGAGAGAAACUCUUCAGUUCCUCUGAGCCCUCGCCUGCCAAGGACGUUCCUAUGCCGGACCACGCCGAGAGGGUAGAAGGGACGACCGCUAAGGCGAAGUUUCCCGCGCCGAGCUUCGUUCCGGGAAGCUCAGCCGCGGUGCCUUUCCUUAGCGGCGCUAUGGCUGCGCCCCCUCCGUCAGGUAGUACGGAUGGGCUGCUCGCUUCUUUGGCGGAUCAGACUAAGGCCGUAGCGGCUGCGCUGGAGAAGUCGAAGGGGAGAGAGAGACCUCGGUCGACUAUCCAGAUUUCGCCCAAAGUGACCUGGCCUGCGUUGGAUGAUGAUUUCACUGACCACAAGUCGGUGAUGGACUUUUACGACCAGUUUGAGUCGACGGUCCACUUAGCCAAUGACGGGCAGGGAAUGUCAGACCUUGAAGUGCUGAUAACCCUCCGGGCGUGCUUGCGGCAGCACCGCCUGAAGUCGUAUGACCUGCUUUACAAGCGCGGCCUGAGUAACGGGACGGUGAAGUCUGACCCUGGCAAAGUGUACCAGGAGAUCAAGCUGAAGCACCUGAUGUUCUCGGAGUCUCAGGAGGAGCGUGAGUUGAGGGUUUUGGAAGCUUGGGACCAGUUGUCCAAGGGGCGACUGACCGCUCACCAGUGGGAGACCGUUUGGGAGGAGCGGCUGUCGGAGCGCGAAGCCGUAGGACUUGGAAUGACGGCGCGUGAGUCACUGUUGCAGUACCUCAAGAAGGUGGGCCCGAAGCUCUCUAAUGAGAUUCGACGGGACAAGAGGUAUCGAAGCGAUGGCUCGGGUGGUACGGUCUUUCGGAGCUGUGCUACUUGGGAAGAAGCUCACGAAGUGCUCAAGGAAUACGAGUCUAUGAAGGCUGGGCUGAAGGCACUUCACAACACGAGUUUCUCGACCUUUCGCGGCUUGGAGGCUUCCGCUAGCAUGGGACAGAAGGUCUGCUACAACAUGCGGGACCAUGGGUCGUGCAAGCACGGCGACAAAUGCCGCUACUCGCACGACCGCCGCUUGGUUGAGGAAGCCAGGAAGGCUAAGAAGGAAGCGGAACGGGGACGAAGUACGGAAGUAGGGGCUGUAGCUGGCGCCCGAGCCCGUACCCCGAGCAAGGGGAAAGGAAAAGGAAAGGACAAGAAGCACCUCCCUUGCCGUUUCUUGAACUCGAAGCACGGUUGCUCGAAGGGUGAUUGCUGCGAGUAUAGCCACAAGCAGAAGGACCAGCCACCUGAGAAGAGGAAAGGCGGCAAGGAUCCUAAGGGGGGCGGCAGAAGCGCUGCUCCUGGGGUUCAGCUGUCUACGAUGGACGGACCGGCUGGCCUUGGCCAAGGAAAAGGCGGCAACGGUUGCGAGAAUCCGUUUGCCUGUUCGGAGUCCAGUAUUGUCCCGGGCGCGUGUAACAACGCGGCUACGGAGAUAGUGGGGAUUCUGAAAAAGGAAGUGCGUUUUGCCGAGCCUGGCGGUUACCAGUGUCGGACGGAGGUCAGCGUCUACGGGAAGUUGGUCCCGACGACGCUGGAUACGUGUGCUGGGUGUAACAGCUGCACCGAAGAAAUGGUGUGCAGGCUGCUUUCAAAGGCACUUUGGGACGGGAUGAAGCCCAGCGACCCGAACUUUCCUUUGGUCCAGUUGGAAAAGUGGCCUCAGGAUGAGGUGGUGACGGGCCUUGCCAAGGACAAGCCUAUAGGGCUCCGGGGCGGGGUGGUCCUUCGGGUCAAGCUGGAAGACAUCUCGGGAAGCAAGAGCAAGGAAAUUCUCGCGCGGGCUAAGGUGCUCGCCGCUGGGACGAGCUCUUGGCACGGUUUGAUACUAGGCGGCCGGGCUCUGGACCAUCCUGACCGAGGAGGCCUGGGCUAUCGCGCCAGCCCUAUGGCGCAUGUGCUGGAAGGCGUGGGCAUUCUCUUGCCGAGACGGGAGGAGAUUGAGCCUUUUGAGGACAAGGCCUACCCCUUCGUUGACAGCGUCGUCUCGACCUUCGAAGAAGUCUGGGACGGAAAAAGAGUUCGGGUACAGUUGCAAGGAGGCCGGUUUUCGAGCAACUCCGGGAUUUGGGGAGGAGACGACUCCUGUAUCUUCGUGGAAGCAGAGUCGCGCGUGGACCUGGAGCUGGGGACGCCUGUGGCGACCUUGGUGCGGAAGGCAGCAGGAGUGCAGAGGUGGCGCCCUGCCUGCGGCCACGUGGACGCUGAGCGCUGGCUUCCCGAAGAAGGGAGCGAGGCUGAGCUUUGCUCGUGCGGAACGGCGCUGCCGCCCGUGGUGGAACCUUUGUGUGUCCGCUGCGGAAGCGAAGCGGUGCAAGGAAGUUUCGCCGGCUGCUCCAAAUGUCGUCUGGACUUCCGGGCCGAAAAGUAUGCCCGAGGUUGGACUUCCGGCCCCGGCGGAGCGCCGAAGUUGAAGGCAAAGGGGGCCGCCGUCGCUGGAAUGAUGGCGUGCCUCUCGGCGGCGUUGGUUGCGGACUCGCUGUUCCAUGUGAUAGAGACACCGGGUGCGAUCGAUGAACUGGCCGAGAGGAGCCCGACUGAUGCCUACUACGCAGCUUUGAGAGAGGAUAUGGGGAAGCGGCACCCGAAGGCCGACCCUUUCCUCAUCGACCAUGUUGUCGAGUUGGAAGCGUUCUUCGACCGGAGCAUCCAGAGCGGGAUGUCUUACGGGUUGGAGAAAGCCUGCCUUGCAGUUACGGAAGGAAGCCUGCUUGGGCACCGAGUCGGAAGAAACGGGCUCCGGGUCCAGGAGGACAAGACGAAGGCUGUGACAGCCUUCCCGCCGUUGCGGGAGAAACUGCACGUGCAGCAAUUCCUGGGGCGCACGAACUUCCUGAGGUCGGUGGAGUUGUCUAUCCUCGACGAAGCGGCGGCGAUCGACGGGACGAGACCCCUGGAGCAGAUCGCGGAUUCGGGCGGUUAUGCUGUGGGCGGAGUCGCGCUCCAGAUGAAGGCGUGGGCACCUCUGAGCCUUGAAGGCUUCGCGCAAUUGGACACAAGUUGCAAGGGGCCUAGGAAAUCGUCCGCCAAGUUAGCGGAUGGUCUCUCCAGGAACCCGGAGAAUCGGGAUGCCCUCCUGGCGCAAAGGACGCGGGACCUGGAAGGUCUUGUGGGCCAGUUGAGGGGCUUCUCGCUCGGAGAAUAUCUGGACGACGAGGGCGAAGGAAGAGUGAUUCCGUGGUCGUUUAUUUUGUCGGACGGAGCUGAAGCAGCGACGCCGCUCGCGCAGCUCCCUCCCGCCGCGGCCGAGGAGGAGGAAGCCGCCGCGAUUAGUACGUCGGUGCUGGCCGGGAUGAUGAAGGGAGCCGGAGUUUUGCCGACGCUUAAGGUGCUUUAUGUGCCAGGCUACUGCAGACCGGCCGAGCGGAUGACGAUGACCUCGAGCUUGAUGCGCCGUUUGCGCGACUCGUUCGGGACCGCUUGGGAGGUCCGGAUUGUCCUGCAGGAGCCGCCGUUUGAAGACUUUGAGGGAAAUCUCGCGCACUUCGAGCGGCAAGGAAAGGCGAAGCUUACGGGAAAGAAGCUCGCCAACGCGACUCGCGUCGACCUUUUUACGAGCGUCGUGAAGGUGCUACGAGACGCGGCGUUCCACAAGCCAGCUUUCCUCAUCGGGGAGGGCCAGGGCGGGGCUGUAGUUGCAGCCCUCGCUAAGCCCGUCGCGGUAGAAAGUAUCCUCUUGGCGAGAAACGUGAGGCCGGAGGAGGGCCGCGACAUUGCCCUGAGUUGGGGAGCGCUGAAGCUGUUGGUGGCAGAAAGGCCCAGGCUAGGGACGGCGAAGCCAGGUGCAGACCUGUUGCUUGAAGCUUGUCCUGAGUUCCUGGAGCCUUGCCCCGUCUCGGAUCUUCCCCUCUUGGCGGUUGUACCGCCGGGAACCCCGAAGAAGGAAGAAAUAGCGGGGUUCGCUGCGGCGAUUAAGGCAUCUGUCGUGAAAAGUUUGGACGAUGUGGUUUGGACGUCGUGGUUAGACGGCCCGAGAAGGGAUAUGUGGGAGCACUCUGGCUCUUGCAUGUGCGGGAAACGGACCAUGUUGUUCGGGCAGUGCUUUCGCUGUAUGCGGGAGGAAGAGAAGGAGUUGAGUCGAGUUGCGGAAGAAGUAAAGGAGGAGAAGGCUUUGUCGGUUUCGGUGCUGAAGUUUUCUUCGGCACCGCCGGCAUCGGAGUUGACCGCGAGCGGGCUCCGAGAGCUGUUUUCAGCCCCGGAGCCGCUUCCGGCCAACUAUGUCCGGUUACCGGUCCAUUGGAAGGAAGGUGACACCUUGCUGCUUCCGAAGCCGGCGGGAUGGGCCGCUUCGAAGUUCGUCACGGUGUACGGCCUUGAAGGCCAGGGAGUUUCUUCUCUCCUUUUCUACGUCCUCAUGCACUAUUUUCCGGCGCAAGCGGUGCACUGGGAGAGAGUGGAGGGAGAUACCGAUGUCAAGGGCAUCUGGUUCGAGAAGUCUAUGGAAAGGUGGAGCUUCGAGGUCGGGGGCCUUCGUGAGGAAGGACGCCUGAGGAUCGAAGGGAGGAUUAUCUUCACCUUCCGUCGGCGAAAGGUAGCGCGGGAGAAGGUCGUGCUUUCACGCCUCUCCGCGCCCUUAUCGCUGAAUCUCUGGGAGCCAGGCAAGGCUAAGCAGGCCAGCCCGGUGAGGCCGGAGGUCGCGACGGAGGAGGCCUCGUUGAAAAGGUCUUCCCCGGACGUGCAAGAAGCACGGGAGGCUCGAGAGAGGGAGCUCGAGACUUGGUUCAGGGUGAGGCGCGCGAACCAAGAAGAGAUCGGCGAGUACGGGCCGCCAGCGUGGUCGGGAGAUCUUCGGUCGCAGUGGAAGGAAGAGCAGCGACGCGAAGACGGAUUACGGCAGUUGGUCGCUGACUGCGAGCGGAGCUCAGACAAGGUCAGCGGAGAGUACCGUCUUGCCGAGGAUGGGGUGCUGGAACGACGCCUUUGGGAGGAGGAUGGGCCCGCUACGUGGCGGCCCGUCGUGCCAAAAUCCUGGCGUGAGUGGGUGUUUCGCUACGGCCAUGUAGGGAUCAUGGGAGCCCACCGUUCUGGUAAGAAAACCGCCGCCUUGCUCCUGAAGAUCUGUUGGUGGAAAGACAUCGCUGCAGAUUGCGAGAGGUUCGCCGAGCACUGCUUGACGUGUCUGAAAGGAAGAAAACGAGCCGUCAAGACGGAGGCGGUCGCCUCGAAACCGACCGAGUUGCAGUGCUGGGAGGAGGUGUCUACGGACUGCGAGGGUCCUAUGUUGCCGGCCGAUGCCCAAGGGAACCGGUUUAUCCUCUCCUACUUGGACGCCUUGUCGGGCUCAGCUGUCUGGACCACUUGGAAUUAA